UUUUGGCUCCCCGCGUCAACUGAAUUUGUUGUUGGAAAUCAGAAUACCAGCUCUCCGGAUCCAGUUCUUGCAUCAGAAAUAAAACAUGACUGCUGAAACAGAUCAGACCCAAAAAGUGCUCCAACCCCACUUAUCCAAGCAGGAUCUGUCAACUCUCAACAUCGAGAGGUUGACGCCCUUAACCCCAGAAGUAAUCAGUCGUCAAGCCACUAUUAAUAUUGGUACAAUCGGGCAUGUAGCCCAUGGAAAGUCGACAUUGGUAAAGGCCAUAUCUGGCGUCCAGACUGUGCGUUUUAAGAAUGAAAAAGUGAGAAACAUCACCAUCAAGCUUGGAUAUGCAAAUGCAAAGAUCUACAAGUGUGAUUAUGAGUCGUGUCCCAGACCUGGCAGUUACAGAUCAUGUCCCAGUUCGAAGGAGGACUCGUUCCCAUGUGACAGAGCUGGCUGUUCAGGACGAUUCCAGCUACUGAGACAUGUAUCAUUUGUUGACUGCCCCGGUCACGACAUUCUUAUGGCGACCAUGUUGAACGGAGCCGCUGUCAUGGACGCAGCCUUGCUUCUUAUAGCGGGUAACGAGAGUUGUCCACAGCCCCAGACUUCAGAGCAUCUCGCAGCCGUGGAGAUAAUGAAGCUAAAACACAUCCUCAUUCUACAGAAUAAGAUUGAUCUCGUCAAGGAGAGUCAGGCGAAGGAGCAGUAUGAACAGAUUCUUGCAUUUGUAAAAGGCACGAUAGCAGAAGGUGCUCCAGUGAUUCCUAUCUCAGCUCAGCUCAAAUACAACAUUGAUGUGGUGUGUGAGUACGUAACGAAGAAAAUACCCGUGCCUAUCCGAGACUUCACAUCGAAACCAAGGCUUAUAGUGAUUCGGUCAUUUGACGUGAACAAGCCAGGCUGUGAGGUAGAUGAGUUAAAGGGCGGUGUGGCUGGAGGCAGUAUUCUUAAAGGCGUCCUAAAAGUUGGACAAGAGAUUGAGGUACGACCAGGCAUGGUCUCAAAAGAUCAGGAGGGAAAACUCAUGUGUAAACCCAUCAAGUCUAGAAUUGUCUCCCUUUUCGCUGAACAGAACGACCUACAGUAUGCAGUGCCAGGGGGAUUGAUAGGUGUGGGUACAAAGAUUGACCCAACACUGUGUCGAGCCGACCGUAUGGUGGGGCAAGUGCUGGGUGCGGUGGGGGCGUUACCAGACAUCUACACGGAACUAACCAUCUCGUUCUUCCUUCUGCGUCGACUUCUUGGUGUGAAAACUGAGGGAGACAGACGGGCAGCUAGGGUUCAAAAACUGGCAAAGAAUGAGAUUUUGAUGGUGAAUAUCGGUUCUCUAUCAACGGGUGGGCGUGUCUUGGCUGUGAAAGCUGAUUUGGCAAAGAUCGGGCUCACAAAUCCAGUAUGCACAGAAAUAGGAGAAAAAAUCGCCCUCAGUCGGCGUGUUGAAAAACAUUGGAGAUUGAUCGGUUGGGGUCAGAUCCGUCAAGGUGUUAAGGUCACUCCAGUAGAUUGAGUCAAGAACGAUCUAUAAAUAGUAUAUUUGUGGUUGGAGCUAGACAAAGCAAGUGCUGAAGUUAUGGGAACUGAAUUAUUCUAAAUAUUUCAUUAUUCUCAGCUAUAAGGCUGAUUGUUUUUUAUUAUCUAUAAUGGCAUUUUGCUGCUGUUAAUGGUCAGUGUGUUAUAAAAUAAAUUUUGAUAGAAAAACAUUUUCGAAUUAAAAUGGAACUUAGCUUAUAGCCUUAUAUCCAGUUACAGCUUAUACAGUUAUACUGAAGAAUUUUGAUGGAAACCAAAAAUGCCAUGGUACUAUUGUUUUUUGAGAAAAAUUAAAUAAUAGAAUAUUUUGCAUAAGGAAUCGUUUUAUAAAAUCUGUAAAUAUCCACAUGUAUAAUGAUCAUUAAAUAUUGAAAUAUU